AGUUCCCAUCCGUGAAAACUCCCCAAUUUCACUGAUCAGAGGAAUUUCCUACACGGUAGCUUCAAAUUUUGGGGAAUUUGCAAAACCCUAGCUUCAUCCAUCGGGAUUUGAACACAACCUUGUUCCAGUUGGAGGCUACAAUCUCAAAAUUUGUGUAAAUGAGUUCGGCAAAAAAGCAUUACAAGGAUAAAUUUGCUCGUCACAAGUAUAGCUUCAGUAUCUGGAGGAGAAAACUGAAGAACCAGAAACGCCAAAAUACAGAGAUCGAGCUAAAGAACGAAGAGAAGAUCAGAAUCCUGAUUAUGAAUCCAGCGAGCUGGGUUUUCAUGCGGUUGCACCUCCUGGGACUGUCGACAUUCGGGCGGCUGAUGCACACAAGUUAUCCAUCGAGAAGAGCAAGUACCUUGGAGGUUCGUUCCAGUAGAAUGAGGUUUUUCAGUUUGUGUUUUUUAACUUUGUAAAAUUAGGAACUGUUCUUCCUUUGCAUCCAAUUCAGAAUCGGGUGGAUAUAUUUAAAUUUGGGGUGGUGGUGGGGGGUGACUAAUCAAUAGUGUGUUCUACAAGUACAACUCGCCCUUUUCCCUCCUUGCUGGUCCAUUAGCGAUUGGAAUGUGGCCUUUCAGAGGAGUUCUUAAUCAUUAAUUAUGCAUUUGGAGUUGCUCGUACCUUGGGGACGUUGAGCAUACCCACUUGGUGAAAGGUUUGGAUUAUGCUUUGCUCAAUAAAGUAAGAAGUGAGAUUGACAAGAAGCCAGAUUCUGGGGGUGAUGCUGAAGGGAAAGCUAGGUAUCUUAUUGCCACCGCCGCCACCCAUUUGUCUCGAUUGUUCAUUUUUUAGAAUACAGUUAAAGAACUUGAUAAUACUUGUCUUAGAAUCUCUGUUCUUUUUGUGAUUACUUCUCUAUUUCAUCUAAUCCUCGCCUAAUUUAGUUAAAUAUUUAGAAGAUUAUCCAUUCUGUUUGGACUAGAUGUCUUUUUCAGCAUUCUCUUUUCUUUUAUUGUAAUGACCAUUGAUAAUGAUUUUCUGAAUGCUGAUAUUGCAGUACACCCAAGGAAGAUCAACAAGUGUUGUUUCGCACUGCAACAGCGAAGUCAGUAUACAAAUGGAUCGUCAAGCCCCAGACAGUUAUUAAGUCAAAUGAAACAUUCCUUCCUGGAGGGUGGAUAUUCUCAUGAUAUUCCAACUACCUUGCAUAGAAGUAAAGCCGACUGUCCAGUGCCAGAGGAAAUGGUGACCGUCAAUGUUGAUGGUUCUGUACUAGAUCGAAUUGCUAAGAUUAUGUCGUAUCUUCGUCUUGGAUCCUCAGGGAAGGUUUUAAAGAAGAAAAAGAAGGAUAAAGAUGUAAAAGGGAAGAUUUCAGCUAUUGUUAAUGAAUAUGUUGGAAACAACAAGCCAUCAACACUCGAUGCUGGUGUGCCAAAGAAGCAAACGGAAAGAGAGAUGUUGCCCCCUCCACCUCCUCUCAAGAAAAAUCAAAUAGUUUUAAAGGAGAAGCAAGGACCCGUUGUUGCAAGAGUAGACGAAGAUGAUAUUUUUGUCGGUGACGGCGUUGAUUACACUGUUCCUGGUAAGGACCUGAGCCAGAGUCCUCUUUCAGAAGACAUGGAAGAAUCUCCUCGAAAUAAGGAGAAACCUAGUUAUUUCUCUGAACCUGCUUAUGGUCCUGUCCCACCCUCUGGACCACCUCAGGAAUGGCAAGAAGCAAAUGGUUAUGGGGUGAUGCAACCUCAAGCGUUUCCUGCUGGUUACCAAGGAGAGUGGCAGGAUUACCAGUAUUCUGAUCAACUGGCUUAUUCUGAACAGUACCUUCAGCUCAACAUGCAGGCGUAUGAUAUGCAAACAGGAGUGCAACACGAUCCCCACCUCAUGACUCAAGAAGAGAAAGAUAGGGGGUUAGGGUCGGUAUUCAAGAGAGACGAUCAGAGACUACAGCAACUGAGAGAGAGAGAUGCACGAGAGAAGGAUCCCAACUUCAUAUCAGAGAGUUAUUCUGAAUGUUAUCCUGGAUAUCAAGAGUAUAACCGUGAAAUCGUGGACAGUGACGAUGAAGAUGACUUAUCGAAAAUGGACAUGGGAGGCCGGGCGAAGGGCCGCCUUCACCGAUGGGACUUUGAGACAGAGGAGGAGUGGGCAAAGUACAAUGAGCAGAAGGAAGCGAUGCCAAAAGCUGCGUUCCAGUUCGGUGUGAAGAUGCAAGAUGGUCGUAAGACACGAAAGCAAAACAAGGACCAGAAACUCAACAAUGAACUGCACAAGAUCAACAGGAUACUAGCAAAAAAGAAAAUGGAGAAGGACAUGGAUGGGGAUGAUGAUGAUGAUAUACAACCGGGAAAGAAGAUUAGAAUUUGAGUUGAUUUGGCAAUGGGAAUGGGAUGAUCCUUAAAAGAAUAUAGCUGGAAGGUAUAUAAUUUUGAAAAAGGAAAAUAAAGAUGACACCACAAACUUGGUCUUAGUUUCUUUUAACCUUAUUUAAUCUCAUUCUACAAUUGUAUCUU